AUGCCGUGGGCCCUUGGAGUUGCACCGCGAAGCUGCUCAUCAGAUGAUAUAUCAAUUGCGUCUCCUGUUGAAUCCCACUACGGUCGAGGCUUUCUCUAUGGCAUGCCCAAAUUUGACAGAACACCAAUCGAACACGACCACUCGUACACUGGCAGUUCAAGCGCUUCCCAGACUACGCAAAGCUCAACUUUGCCUGGAAUUAUGUACGGCUCGGCUCGGCUUCCUGCCAUGGGAUCGUCCCCGAGCUAUAAUGGCUCGGUCUGGCCGACUGAGUCGCAUCAGUUGGACUACGGCGGCGUAUCCAGCGCACCAAUGAGCGCAGUCUGGCCUCAGAGCAACUUUUCACCGUACAUACCAGAUACAAGUGUGUCUCUUCCAAGCACGCCAGCUCCAAUUGGCCUUUAUCAGCCACCCUGCCAGGACCACACAGCUCAAAUGCCCCAUCUCAACACACCUCCCGCCAGUGCCAUCUCUCGCGUAAAGAUGAGCAGCGACGAGAGCACAGACCAGCCACAGUUAAAGGUCAGCACGGGCUUACACGGCUACUUCAAAGAGAACGGCUCCGUCAUUAUGAACAAAUGGUUCAGCAACACAGCGACGCAGGUUGCUCCGCCGCAACUAUACAACGUGCCACCACCCGCGUCCCUGUCACCGCAAGACUCUUUCAACGAUGCCUCGUCUGUUGCUUCGGGAAAAAACUUUCGUGCAACACCUUCCCGUUCUCAUCCUGCAAGGUCGGACUUUUCGAGCCGCGUUUCUUUCACAAAUGCUGCAGACUAUUCUUCGCAGUCCCCGCAAGCCAGCUACCCUGCCCGACGGAGACUGCCGAAUAACACAUCCCCCUCGCCUACUGUGAUGAAGGGUCAGAGCACCAGUGGUGUCAGCAGCCAUAACUCUCCUCGUGGCGGCGCCUCGGCCGCUCCCAGCAUCUACGAGAGCGAAAGCAACUACGCUGCUAGCAGCGCCCAGUCGUCGUCUCAGCCCAGCAGACUGCCAUCUCCUAUGAUAUCAGACCACAACAAGAACGCACAAAAUUCAUUUCUUAUUGAAGCCCGUGCCAGUGGCAUGUCGUACAAGGAGAUCAAAGCCAAAGGAGGCUUCUCAGAGGCGGAAUCUACUCUGCGCGGCCGCCAUCGUAUGCUAACCAAAGAGAAGGAGAGCCGCGUGCGCAAGCCUGAAUGGACCGAAACAGAUGUGAGCUCAACCAAACCGAAAUAA